AGGCAAAGUAAUAUGAUCGUGUUUUUGUCAAAAUGGAGGACGCACUUUAUGCUAUGGUUUGUCUGAUUGCUGUAGUGCAAUCAAUUCUAGCGAUAAUUAUGAUAGUUUGUAUGAUAUUCAGGCUAAAGAAAUCAAAAAGAGUUUGUGUUUUAGUCAUUGGUGAUAUAGGUCGAAGCCCACGCAUGCAAAAUCACGCAAUAUCUCUUGCCGAAUUUGAUUUUCAAGUUGAUUUUGUUGGACUUUCCGGUUCAUCACCAGCUCCAGAAGUUUUACAAAACAAGAACAUCAAGAUCCACCAUCUGGUUAAUUGCCCAGCGAAAAUAAAAGGGAUACCACACAAAGUUUUCCUGUUGAUAAAGGCACUGUUCCAGUCAAUUUCAUUAUUUUACUAUCUCAUUUUCAAAGUUGACAAAUGUAGUCACAUGCUUGUGCAGAAUCCACCUUCAAUACCAACAUUAGCAGUGGUGUGGUUUGUUUGCUGCAUCAAAGGAAGUUCUUUUGUAAUUGACUGGCACAAUUAUGGGUACACUAUACUGAGCAUGAACUUGAAAAGUGACAAAGCUCUAUUAGUCAAUUUUGCCAAAUGGUACGAGGGAUUCUUUGGCAGAAAGUCACAUGCAAAUUUUUGUGUGACCAAGGCAAUGCAGAAUGAUCUCAGAAGCAGAUGGGAUGUUAGCUCAUCAGUACUGUAUGAUCGGCCUGUUGCUCGGUAUAGAAAAACAAGCAUAGAGGAAAAACAUAAGCUCUUCAUGAAACUAGCAGCUGAACAUAAAGAAGCUUUUUCUUGUGGCAGACAAACAAAUAAUGGUGUUGAGGUAACUGCAUUUACUGUUAAAGAGCCAGGAUUUCCCGCACAGCUUAAAAAAGAUAGACCGUUUUUGCUUAUAAGCAGCACAAGUUGGACAGAGGACGAAGAUUUUGGUAUCUUACUAGCUGCCUUAGAGGAGUAUGAAUUUCGUAAAGAGAUGGACAAUACUUUGCCAAAGAUUGUUUGCGUCAUCACUGGUAAAGGCCCUUUAAAGGAUUACUAUGUGAAUCAAAUCAACAUGAAGAAAUUUGAGAAUGUGACCUUUGUUACUCCUUGGUUCUCAGCCGAAGACUAUCAACAAAUGAUAGGCGCUGCAGAUCUUGGUGUGUGCCUGCAUACGUCUUCUUCUGGACUGGAUCUUCCAAUGAAGGUUGUCGAUAUGUUCAGUUGUGGAGUUCCGGUUUGUGCAGUUGGAUUCGACUGCCUUAACGAGCUUGUUAUUGAUGAUGUAAACGGAAGAGUAUUUCACACGUACGCAGAACUGGCCCAGCAGUUUGAGGAUCUGUUACGAGGUUUUCCGAAAGAACAUGAUACACUUAGGAGGUAUGAAGACAACUUACAGCCUUUUCAAAACUCAAAAUGGAACCAUCAGUGGGAAGCUAUCGCAAAACCAAUUUUUAAAAACCAAAAUUAAGCGAUGUCCACUAAGCAGUGUACAUUCAAACGCAGAUAGUUUUAUAAAGCAUUGUCAUCUCUUAUAUAAGCUAUGCCUAGAGUGUUUUCCAAGUCGUGGGCAAGUGAACAGUGGUGAGCAGGAUUAAGCUAACUGAUACUGGUUCAAUUUAUUCAAAGGAAUACAAGAGAAGUUUGCCGGGCUUCUUCUCUACCUCUUCUCAGGCUGGUACUGCACUUGCUAACAAACUUAGAAUCCAAUUCCAAGAAAGCGUGUUUUAUUUGCAGUUCCUGGUGGGUAUUUCUAAGAAGUGCCAAGCCCAUUGCUGAGUAUAAGCAGUUUGCAGUACAACCAACAGCAAGACGAUCCAAAUUCCCGUUCUGUUUCGUCCUGAUUCCUUAUUUUUU